GGGGGACUUCUGGAGAUCAUCCCAAGGUGGAGUGCUCCUGUUCAACAAGCUCACGCCUCUGGCUGGCCAGGUGUGGUGAAGGUGCAGUUACAGCAUCUUUUGUCCAUUCUUUUUGGUCUCUGCUGUAGUUGUCUAGAUGCAUGCUAAUUAUCUAGAUGAAGGGUAAAAAAGAUGAAAGUGGUGAAGUAAAAUCAACGUUGAGCAACCUGGUGAAGGGCUUCCCGUGCUUCCAAAUUACAGAGCAGAACCGUGGUGAGAAGAGAGCUAGCUAAAUACCAUGUGCCUUUAUCUCCAUGUUAACUUUUUGUUUACAUCUCCAGAUUUAAAAUACACUAUCCCCAAUACCAGGCGUGCACAGAAAUAGUCAUUCAGUCUUCAACACGAAGAUAAUUAUAACAAAGUGAAGCUGUAGAACACAAUAAAGAUGUCCUCACUUUCAUCCUCAGUAAAGUGAGCAUGCCAUUAAGAAACUCCAUAAUUGUAGGUUUGUAGUAUUUUCCUUAGCGUUUAAGGAAUCUGUCCUGAAGGUAAGAGAAGAGUCCAAGACUUUGGCCAGAGAGUUCUCUCUGGGUUUAGUUAGUACUUUGUGAGGUUCUACAUCUUGAAAACCUCCAACCUAAGCCCAGCUUCCUCGAAGUGUCAGUCUGUACUUCUACGAGGGUCCCUUGAACUGAAUAUCUGGGAUAUAUCUUUUCCCUCUUUUAUGUCUUCUGCAACCAUUAAGCCACGUCCCAUGGAGAAUGAAUAGUUGAAUAUGGGACUUCCUGCCUUUCUCACUGACGUUAAGGUAAGAACAGUUGGUUCUGUUGUUACUUCGCUGUAACUGCAAUGCAAUGCUGCUUCUUAACUUAACCCCUAUUUCUGCAGUCCUCAGCAAAAUGCUGAUGCUGCUGGAGGUGAAGUCAUUCGUUGCAGAAGCACAGUUCUUUACAAAGAGAAGUUCUACAAAAGCAGUAGUUGAAGCGUUGCUUAAAUAUUGGUGCUUUCCCAUCUACAGCUUCUGUUCUCUUCCUCCUCACGCCAGUUCCUCACGUGGUGAUGUUGACUUGCAUUACUCACGAUAGGUUCUUAACUAAAAUGCGAGCCAAACCAGAAAGAGAUGCACGUUGACAGGACAGCUGACACCGUGCUAGGUGCAGUCAGUGCUGUGCUGGAAGCAGCACGAUGCCGCUUUAUAUGAGAGAGGAGGAGUUGGAAAGCAAGAGAUUUUGUGGUACUUUGCCGUUUCACAUGCAGUUCUUCCAGUGCAGGGUGGGGUGUGACUGAGGCAUUGUGUGCUGUGUGUGUUCCUGAUGCCUUCCUGCUCCAGCUCCUAGCACAUCCAGUGCUUCUUUGAGUACAAGGGAGCAGAAGCUUUUUAACCUGCUGCUCUUCACUGUGCUGCUUGACGAAAGGACACUUGGAGCCUCGCUCAGUAUUUGUGUUGUCUCACAGCUUAUGUUUGGUGUGUUAAUACUUAUUAAUAGAUAACAUGACUUGGUUUUAAUAUGCUGAGCCCUCGUGGGACUGGGUGUGUGCGCAUGUGUGCUGAAUGAGCCAGUGAGUUAAUUCAUUUUGGUGACCAGGCUGAAACACAAACAAAAAAUGUCUUGGACCAAAAGCAAAACGAAAGCAGCAGCCCUGUGUGGAUCCUUAGCCUUCCAUGCGGCUAUCCCUUGGCAACCUGUGCUCAGGCCAGAGAAAUCCAAGGACCAGGGAAAAAAAAUAAUUAAAAAAAGAAAAACGGGAACGUGAGUGGUCGGGAGUGAGUUACUGAGCUGUAUUGGCAGAGCUGUAUUAGAAAGAUUAGCCACCAUCUGUUCCCCCUAAUCCUGCACCUGGCUCUGCAGUGUGCCACCGUUCGACCAAGCGAUGGUCGUACUCAAUAUUGAAGAUUGGCAGGGUUAAGUAACGAGACUCUGCUGUCUCCCAAAUGUUCUGCUUUCCCUCUCGUUUUGGAGAAGCCUGUCUGAAAUAACUGCACGUGGUGCCAUAAGAAAUUCUUACUUAUGUGAAUGUAAUACAGAAUUCUGGAUAGCGCGCUGGUCAUGAUCUUACAAUACUGCUGUUCUUUUAGACUUUUCAUUUCUCCUGGUGAUUUCUGAUUGGUGUAUGUAUUAGCCAGCGCAUAGCUUACCGCUAUUGGGCAAUAUCUUGUUGAUCUUGUUUUUCUUGAUUACCUUUGCGAAAGAAAAUUCCUGGAAUAUUUCUGCGAGUCAUUCCUGGUAGCUGGAGUCAUUGGCGAGUCCUUCUGCCUCCUCUCAUUGCACUUCACGUAGAGCUGACGGUGCCCCUCCUGUUGCACGCGCUGGCAGAGCAAGCGGUCUGUGGCACUGCGCUAGCGCUGGGUGAGCUUAGCCUUCGCUGGUAGUGAACCUGUGGAAUUGCACUUGGAAAAAGGGAAUUGAGAGGGGGGGCAGGAACUCGGGGCUCAGGCUUGUUUUCCUGGAAUCGUGGGCAGGCUGAGACUUGGGUGCUAAGCAGCUGUGGGAGUAUCGCGGGCCACGUGGCACAGCAAACAAGCAGGCGUCGUUGUUCACAAGUAGAUGGACAAGACAGCCUUGGUACCGCGUGUGCUGCAAACGUGGGCGUUAAGGUCAGAAUUUCCCAGACAAGGAUGUCUAAAUUGCAGUGCCCUACUUACCCAGCUGUGAGCUGGAUUAAUGAAAGGGAGGGUUUAGGUGGAGAAGUACUUCGGGCGCAUUUACUGGAAGAAGAGAGAGAUGUUUUCUUUUGUAUCUGUACAGGUGGCCCUUUUGAAGCAAGCCAAAAUAAGCUUCCUCACCUGGGUAACGGCCUGAAUAGGUUGGCAGGGUGUGAAUCCAUUUUCAGUGUCUGUAGAGAAAAGCGUAAUGCUUUGCCAGCGCAAGGCCUUCCCUUUAUGUUUUCCUGACCAAUUUCUCCUUGGCCCAUCGAGUCAGGCUGGGCCUAAUAACUUUUUUUUCUCGUAACCGUGGGCAGUUCUAAAGCAGCAAACUAUUAGUGGUGAGAUAUUGCUUUAGAAGAACAGUAACGCACGGGGAAUUCUAGAGCAAACGAGGCAGUGCUGUCAAUGGCUCAGAUUGUUCUUAAUUACAAUAAUGACAUUAUAGGAGCCGCGGUUGCUGCUGGGCACAAAAGAAGAUGAUGAUAAUGUCAGGGCGCUCGGAGUAAAUGCAGCGUAACGUAUUGCAGCGCCGGAUCCAAAAGAUGAUACGCCUGACUUGUCGUCGGGGCGCGUGAGGGAGAAGAACGGGAAGAGGCCGGAGCGGUUUUGUUGUAAGGCGCAGUUCGGGGCCGCAGUUGUGCCGUCAAGUCAAACGCGCCGCAGAGCAGUCGGAGCUCUCCGGUCGUCGGCAGCGCUCCGCCGCAGCUCAGGAGGCGGCUCGGGGCGGGCUGUCCGUGCCGCCGUGCCGCCCCGCUCCCCCGGCGCAGGGUGCAGGUGCGCCGCGGGGCACAAGGUGGCUCCAGCUGCCGGGGGAAGCCGCCGCCGCCGCGGGAGCCCGAGCCGCCCUUCGCUUCUCGCGCGUCGUUCUUGAACUGCUGCUCCCAGAGGGUUUUGUCAGACGCUGUGAGCUAAGUUGCUUUGUCUGAGUCCAGGGUAGCAGCUCCACGUCGAGACCUCGUCCCCGGGCUGAGCUGCGGGGAUGGGAGAGCUGCGGUGUGUGGCUGUGGAGUCAGAGCUUUGUGAGAAAAACGCCAAGAGCCUGGUGGGUGAGGGAGAAGCGGGAUAAAUUGAUUAGAGGAUCAACUUAGUAGUACCUCGAGUUCCUUGCCGGCCUGCGGUCCGCAACAGCAGCAUUUUUGUUUUCAGUCUUUUUUGCCAUUUCUAUUCAGUUAUUUCCAUUCCGUCUUUUUUGCCAUUUCUAUUUCCAACGUAACGGUCAUUGCUGACAACCCCUCCUUGCACAGAGUGCUUUCAUUCACACCUUUCUGAGUAUCCAGGGAUUUGUGCAGAAGCUCAGAAAGAAGUAAAUAUUUGUUUCAUUUCUGCUGUCUCUGGAGAAACCGAGGCAGGAAGGAUUCAUUGACUUGAUGGGCUCGUGUGCCAACCUGCAGCUUACAAGGUGGAAACAGAGCACUGCUCCCAUUUCCUCAUUUGUCUUUCAUUUUGCUUCCUUAUUUUUUUUUAAAGCUUGUUUUCUAAAUUCUCUUUUGCACGCCUUGAUAGUGUUUCGAUUUAAUAUGAAGCUGAACUCCCUCUAUAUGUAUUUUGCUCAAGAGAGCAAAAUAGAUGAGCCAGAAUUACUGCUGCUACCUGCAGUUGAUAUUAAAAACAAGACAGCAAGAAGCCCCAUGUAGAACUACGAGGUACUUGUGUUUGCUGUUCUGCAAACUGAUUUUGUCAGAAGUUAACUGCGGGCAGGAGUACAAUGAGUAAGUCCCCAGAUCUAAUCCCCUUGUUCUUCAUUCAGCCUGACACCCCUUAAGGUCAAAGAAAGCUUUGCCUGAAUAAGGAAUGCAACAACUAGCCCCGGUCCUAGUACAUAUAGGGCCAGAUUGUGGGUCACAGCCAGCUUAGAAGCGCCCAGCUCCAGCGAGCCCACAUCUUGUGCAUAAUAGGCAGAUCCUUCACACUUUACUGUGAUCCUUUAUUAACACGUCAAAUACAGAAGGAAAAAAACUGGCAGUGUUAUGGCUGUUCAGAAUCUUAUUAGCGUAUCUUUGUGUUUUGUGUUUCUGAGCUGAAAUGAUGCAAAUAUGGCUUCAAAAACAUCGCCCUGUUUUCACGAGAGCAUAAAGAAAAUAGAAGUAAUCAAAAGUUGGAACUAAAUUCUCGGAUAGUUUGGCCAAUUAAUAAAUCUGCAGGCACAGAAUAGAAAGUCUGUGGGCUGGAGCUGGCUCUUAACUUAAUGUUAACUUACAUUUAAUUAGCCAGACCAGAUGGAAGCUAGCUAAGCUUCGCAUGAAGGCUUGUGGGGAAAAAGGCAUAAUCUUCCAUUUUGUCAAAGGAACUAAUACCACAGAUUAAAGGUUGGUGUUCUUUUCAGAAUUUAAAGAGUGGAUGCACAGUGGCCGAUGGCAAGAAAUAGCUUGAGCACUAACAAAUUAGCUUAACCCCUGGAUGACUAAUAGACAGCUCUGCUUCGUUCAGUUCCCCAAUUCAAACCAUUGGUCUCCAGUUUCAGGAAUAAAUCCCAGAGAGAUAAGAAUGCUUGUAUGUUAUUCUUCCAUCAGGAAAGUAGACCUCUGUGUAGGCAGCUACUUAAAGAUGAAGUUUUGGGUGAAGUUUUCUCAUACAGCUGAGCAAAAAUUCAUGCUGUUCAGAUGCUACGUGCUUGGGAUCAGUCUGACAAAGUGCUUAAUUCCUUGCUUAACAAUAACCAUGCAGACAGACAAGUCAAGUAGAGGAGUCAAGAAACCAUUCAUGUGCUUAAAGACCUACGGAUAUGGAUCGAGCCCUAGUGUGCUAUUAUAGCCUUGAAAAUGGAGGUGAGUGAGUGAAGUUGCUUUGUUAGAUAUGCUGAACUUUAAGCGUAGCUACAAGAAAUGGCACCUCUUCAAAAUACAGUAAUUAAAAUUGAUCAAAAAAGGAAAACCAAAAACUCAGAAAGAAGAGGUAAGGUUAUGCUGAUGGCUCAAGUGUUUAACCAGUCUUUGGGGAUGCUUCCGUGUGAUUUCAGCCAAGCAGUAGAGACUUCUUACUGAUCUGAAGUAACUUCCAUGGUAGAAAAAUAAAGCCAGCAUUGCUCUGAAACAUCCAAUGCCACCUUGCAUGUGCAGAAAGUAAGGAAAGUCUGCAGUAGGUAAUAAGUUUUUUAACUUUGGUAUGUCAUCUUUGCAUAUCUUGCUUACAGGGGACAUACUUAUGCAAAGUCUAGCGUGGAAUAGAGGGACAGCAAACAGGCACCUGUCUUCUGAAUAAGGUUUGUGCCUGUCUGAAUUUGAGCAGCUGUUUUCAAGUCCAGCACUUGAGAAUUAGCUAUCUAGUGGACUUUACCAGCUGGGAUUCAGGCACCUGUAGGGCUGAUAACUGUCUUUUCAACACCCAAAUGCACAUGAGAUCCAGAUACCCGAAAAGAUACUUAAGUUCCCACAAAUGUUUCUUAGUCUAAUGCAGGAUAUUUUAAAACACAUGAAAGCAAGCCUUUCAAAACUUUCUGGAGCUUUCUUAUAUUGUGUAAAACUUUUUUGCUGCAGGACCGUCUUGCCUAGAUUGUCACAUCUGAACUUUUCCAUAGCGGCCAAAAAAUCCAUUACCAUUUGAUGGCUGCAUCACUUAAGUAAAAUUAUGUGGAUGAGAUCAGGACAGUUCUUGUGAAGAGUUAGAGUAUCUCACAAAUCUCAGUUAAUUAUCUGUACUUGCUGACAGUCCCAGGAGAGAGGACUGGGGAACUGAAAGAACGUGGAAACUGCAACCUGUCUGUGGUUGCCAUGUGUGGAUCCAUGUAAGGUAUGCUCAGGUGAGGAAAUCUCUGCUGUUGUUUGUUGUAGCGUUCUUAGAGCAUGGAUAAACACAGCCCCACAUUCUGCAAGGUGCACAAAUUCAAUAAAACAGUUUUAGGGUAAAAAGCCUUUCUACUGUGUCAGCUGAACUGGAACACGUAUGGAUUUGGAAUCCUACCAAGUACUUUGAAAGCUUUUUUCACAUGUAUGUGUGUUAAUGAUUUGCUCUCUUUUUCAUUUCUAAAUAAUUAUGUCCUGGGGACAUAAGACACAGAAUUUUUCUGAUCACCAUUUACUAGACCACAUCCAUCUACAGUUACUGAAUGGUGGUGUUGAAGACACCACAGUUAUUUUCCAUUUUGUGUUAUUGACAUAUUUCGGAUACUGCUUGGUGACAAAAUACUUGAAGGGAAAUAGUAAAUGUAAAAAACAAUUGUAGUUGCAAAUGAUGGAAGUAACAUUUACUUACCAUGUGACUCGCUUCAGCCUUUGGAAAACCCAGAGAAGUCUAAGAGUGCACAGUGCACUUUUUGGAGAACUGCAGAUAUUGUGCAAAUAUUUGUGUAUUUCCCUGGUCAGGUAAAACUUAACCCUAUGCAUCUUAACAGCAACUUCUGUUUUCAUAUAAAUGCCUGCUGCGUUUGGAGAGUACAGUGUAGCCCAGUAGGAUUUGUCCCAACAGGUACAUCAGAAGAGAACGUUUAGGAACAGGGCCGUUCAUUUACCUUAGCAGCCACGUGUUGGAAAUUGUCAGGUGAGAAUCACAGUGUGUUUUUUAAGGAUACGAAUAACUCCAAAUUCUGCGUUUAAUAAACCUCUGUUACAAAAAGCAUUGUAGAAACCAGAGUUUGGGAACUGAUCUUUUCAUGGAAGCACUGUGCAGUGUGAAACUUGCCAAAAACUAAUGGAUCGUUUGCAGGAAAUUGAAAUUUAAAGUGGAUGAGUCAGUCUACUUCAAGGCUGAACAGUUUCCACUGAACUUAAAUAAUGAAUGCCAAGACCCAGAGACAGCACAAUCAGCUACAGCAGUUUUCUUCAGUUGCUUCAGCCAGGCGCUGUAGUGAAGUUUGCUAUGUUUAGCAGAGUUCCCCUUGUCCUACACUUAGUUUACCAGACUUUCAAAGCAUUCACGUGCAUUCUUGUUGCCAUCACUGAAUCCUUUGCAGAAGCAGCAGCAGCUCAAGCGUUUUAUUUUUUUACUUCAUGGCAGUUAGUACAGCAUGUGGGUCAGAAUGUGCAGCUUCUGCUCUCGGGGAUUUCAUCUGCAGAAUGCCGCUACCCUUUUUUCUAACUUCAUUCUCCAGAAGAGGAGGAGAUUGCUUCUUUAUUCAGAAGUGAUCUCUGUUAGCUUCCCUCUCUCCUCUUAAAGGAGACAGGUUGUUUACUUCCUGGCAUGUGCAAAGGUUCUGAUACACUGAAUGAAAUCAAACAUUAGGAGGAAAAAGAAAUAAUUGUUUCCAGUUUUGACAAAUCAUGUGCUCAGAGCAUGUUUAUGCAGCACCAGUUUUGACUUUUACUUAGCACCCGGGCCCAAAAUGAAUCCUUACUCUUUGUAGGCAUUCAAGAAGAAGUGAAGUGGAUGUGGAUGUAGCUUAGAUUUCUUUAAUGUGAGCUGUUGUACUUGAAGCCUGUGCCUGUGGAGAGUGGCUGAGGACAUGAAUGAUCUUCUGGUGAAUCCUCUGCUCAGUUCUUUGCUCUUGCAGAGAGAGUCCUGCUCUCCAGCUGGCAUCAGUAGUGGCGCCGCAUGAGCGUUUCUGAGUUGGAGAGGCACUGUGGGCCUUGGGCCUCUGGGUUCAUGCCGAACUGAAGGUAGUUGAUGUCUCUCCAUUCAUUCACAGUUGCUCGUGGAUAUAAUUAUUUUCUCAUGUCUGCCAUCUACAUAGAAACCAAACGUUAGGUCUGGAUUGUUUACAUUAACUUAAGGUUUCACCUAGCUUAUUUUUAAGUAGCAACUGUCUCUCUCUAGUUAGCAUAAAAAUGGGUUAGCACAGGCCUGAGCAGCAUAGCACUUAGACACCAGGGAUGUGCAGCUGGAGAGGAGUUUGAGAAGAGUGUGAACACAUAUGAUGGCUCUUCAGAAUGCCUUGCCAGCUUCUAACAAUUUGCCUUUGGCAAGUCCUUGCAUGCACAUCCCCCAGACUUUCUCCAAAUACCUUUCUUGGGUGAAUUUUCCCGUUUGGCAGUUGACUGCUUGGAGCUGUUGGCGCCUUCCGCGGGUUGUGUGAGGAGCUCCUCAGUUUUGCCACGAGCUUUUUAGAGAUCCACCUCUUAAUAUUGGUUGUGCGUGUUUGUUUAUUUAUUGGAAUACUGCUUUUUGAAUGUGUGUUCCCUGUUCACCUUCUCUAGUGAAUGAUCCUGUGGUCCUGAGGACGUGUGAUUUCGUGUGCGCAGCAAGGCAUUAGAAAGCAGGACCACCUUUAUCUUCAGUUUGAGCAUUACUGCUGUAGUUCCAUUAGCCCUACAAGCAGACUGAAGGACAGAGUCCCGCUCUCAUUGUAGCUCCUGGGGUGUUACGCCAUCCCAAGUGUUCAUGUGAUUGUAGAACAUCCGGGCUCAGAGAACUGGUGUAAGUUAGCGCCAACCUUUGGUGCUGGUUGGUUACUUCUAAUCUGAGGCUCUUCCCUGCUGUAAUUUGCCAUAAUGACCUGCGAAUGCCUGUGCAAGAGAUGAUGGAUGGUCAUGUGAGAGUGAGAAUGAGCAACGAGUUUGGGAACAAGGUGUGAUGAAAGCGGCGCUCAUGUCGUGGCACAGCUUCCUGCAUCGGAUUUGGAUGCUUGUGUGCCUCAGUUUCUAGCUACAUGAAAUGGAGCGAUGAUGAGAAUUCCUUUUCAAAGAGCUUUUUAGAUGAAAAAUGUUACGGGUUAAGCGUGAACGUGAUAAAGGACGCCGGAGAGCAGGGUGCUUUGGCAGGAAACCAGCCACUGGGGUACGUCUGGUUUCCAUGCUGUCCUCUAACACAUGUACAAGCCAGGUUGGUUUUGGAAAAGCUACGCACAGAAAAACUCGAAUUCAGAUAAAUUUUUCACUCUUUAUUUGAAGGGGCUUUGAGAAGAGCACACGUGGGAGGGCGCUGGGGUUACUGUUUGGCUGUGUGAUGUUCCUUCUGUGAGAGAUGUUACGUUUUUGGCUGGUAUGCAGGCGGGGCUCACCAGAUAGGGUUAAUUGUUUCAGUGUGAGCAACUGACGAUUUAAAUAUGAAUUGUAGCUUUUUGACCCUAUUAAUCAUAGAACUGCCUGACCUAUCUUGCUUACUGUAACAAAGCUCCUUUUUUUUAAUGAUGAGUCAUGAGCAUAUUUUAAAUUGGAUUUCUUUAAAAAUAAAAAGAAGUGCCAUGAUUGCAUCUUAAAAACAUUUUCUAAGCUAAGAAUGGGGCGUAUGUACGUCAGCAUUCAGUGCAGGGGGCUUACAAUAAGCGAGCUUAGAUGAGGACUCGAUCCAGAUGAGAGCAGACCUGUGAAGGAAGGCUGCGGGCACGUGUUGUGCGGAGUGGCUGGAGAAAUGCUGCUGUAGGGGAAGGUUUGCUGGUGGGCACUUCACCUAGAAACCAGCUCGGGUGAUGUUUCUGGUUAAAGCAAGAUGUAGGAUUGUAAGCAAGGAACCAGUGAUUGUGAGAAUUAAUUCUCGUGUUGUUUACUCUACAAGAAAAGCUCUUAACUACGCCCUAAUUCAUUUGCUUUGCUUUGCUUUCCAAAAAUAUUUUUAGAAAUUAAAUAAAAAACAUUAAAGUAUUUCAAGAAAACAGUUGUGGGGUAGUCUUUUUUGUUUCUUUUUUGUUUCUUUUUUCUUUUUUAAUAAUGCCAUUAAAACUACUUUGGAGAGAAGAAAAAGCCCUCUGGAGAAGCAAAGCCCUGCCCUCUGCUACAGCCCAGCCAGACAGGGCCGUUAACCCUCUGUGUGCACAGCACUUGUGGAGCCGCAGCAGGGAGAAGACUGACCGAAGCCCGACGACAUUUAAUUCCAGCUGUCGCUCAGUUGGAAAAAGUGCGUUUUGGAGCCUGUAGGCCUUUAAAUGCGUAAGGAUAUUUAACUCCUCCGUGCCCACAGAGCGGCUGUGCUACACAGGCCUCCGGGAGCGGAAGCGAACCCCUCGGCAGCGCUGGGUGGGCCGCUGCCCCUGUGUGUGUGUGUGUGUGUGUGUGUGUGUGUGUGAGCUGAGGCACAGCCGGCCUGCCGCUGCCACGGCCCGCUCUGCGCUUCGGCCUUCCCGAGGACUCCCUGUUGGCCCUGCCAGCUCGCCUCCUGCCAGCGAGUUUCGUUCCGGCCUUGUUCCAACGUGUUUUUCUCCCAGGGACCGGCCCCUUGUUAAUUUAUCUACCAGAUAAGCAGUUGCGCACAAUUAAAAGCCUUCUUUGGUCGUGUUCAGCCUCACCCCUCCCACAUUUUUUCCUGCCAUUCUGGUGACCCUUCUUUGACUUCUGUUACCUUUUAAGAAGUGGCGGGAUCAGGGAUCAGGCGUGAGAGUGAGUUGCGAAAUACUUAACCCUCCCGUCUCCCCUCGGAAACGCAGCCCUGUGUGUACAGCCGGCACACAACCUCUUGCGGAGCACUUUAGAGGGCUUUUCGUAGAGAAAUGUGACGUCUGAGUGCCUGUCUGCAGCCUGGAUGCAGCAGAUGUAGGAUACGAGAGGGGUGAAAUAAGAAAACGAGUUUCCUUAGGCUGCAGCUCCCACGUAUCUCCAGGAGCUCUGCCUGUAGCGCUUCAAAAAUGAUUUUUUGGGUAAAAAAAUCCGCUGCGGGGUUCCACACUUUAUUCAAGGAGUUAAAAGUCUGGAGCUGUGCUUGAUGAGCCAGAUGGUCUUUAACAGUAACAUUGUUCAUAUUGUUUAGAUUAUCCUGUUGCAAGUACAGUGCCUCGUUUACCUUUUAUGGAAGAAAGUGUGGAAAAUUGACCACAGAUGUAAGUAACCAAGAAUGAUGGCUGAGGCAAUUCUUACCAGGCCUCCCUCUCUAACACGCCUGAUCCUGCAGAUAAAAAUAAAUAGAGAAAUGGGAGGCAGCAUGAGAAAUAUCUAGUGUUACCUAUUUAAGUGUUUAAUUUGAGCUCUGUGAGCUACUAAAAUCUUUAUUUUCUUAGACUGAGAUUUCUUCAUAUUGGGCUGGUUUCGGUCUUUCAUUGUAGGCAACCCGAAUGUGGAUUUGUAUCCAGGUACUACAUAGCACACCAUUAUAAUUUUUUUCCAUCCUGUUUAAAAGAAAAAAGGGGGUGGAGGGAAGGGGAGGGGGUGGCACAGGAGAGGCCGGCUACACUGACCUCCAACACAGUCUGCGGUCCAAAAAUCUUCACGAGAAGAUUGGUACCCGUUUUGUGCUGUAAUGAGAGCACAAACUCCCCAUUAAUAUUGAUUUGAUUGGUAUCAGAAGCAAAGGCUGUGCCAAAUUAAUUAGAGGUAGUUCAUUGUUCCUCCUAAUAAUGGAGUGCGGACUCUGUGAGGCACCUUGCAGGACAGCUCCAGAAUGAAAUAAACUUUUUUAGAUAGGUACUUCUUUUGUGCAGUAUCUAGAAUGGGAAAGUUCAGUGCUUAAACGGAACAAAGAGAAAAUGCUACAAAUGAAAGCAAUAAAGCCCUGUUUUAUAAAGUCCUUUUGUCUCCUAUCACUUUUCUUUCUCUCCCUCGUUUCCUUCCUCUUAUUAGGAGCUGCUGUCAAACUGCAUUUACUUAUGGCAAGUGGUUCCCUCUGGAGCCCCUAAGCUGAUAGUGCUGCAUUUGCAUGCAGGUGCUGCUGGGGCAGCGCUCAGCCUCUGCCUGCCCUUUUCUCCCUGCUCUGGCAAGGCAAAGAGAACUGUAAUUAUAAACCAACAGGUUUACUGUGUGAGUGCCCAGAAGCUGGAAAUCUCCUGCUUGUUCAUCAGAGCGGGCUGGAUGGCUGGUACUCUUCAACAAAAUGGUAGAUUCCUUUUGUUGUUGAAGGCGACAUCUUCACUUUACUGCACUUUAAGCUUCCAUUGAAGCCUUGGAUCACCUAGGAGUAUCUGAAUUACAGGAAGAAGGAAUGAAUGCCAUUAACUUACCUCUCAGUCCGAUUCCAUUCGAACUAGACCCUGAGGACACUAUGCUAGAGGAAAAUGAAGUCCGAACAAUGGUCGAUCCAAAUUCAAGAAAUGACCCAAAAUUACAAGAACUGAUGAAGGUAUUAAUUGACUGGAUUAAUGAUGUGUUGGUAGGAGAGAGGAUUAUUGUGAAAGACUUGGCUGAAGACCUGUACGAUGGACAAGUACUGCAGAAAUUAUUUGAGAAACUUGAAAGUGAGAAGCUGAAUGUUGCUGAAGUUACUCAGUCUGAAAUUGCUCAGAAGCAGAAGCUACAGACAGUGCUCGAGAAGAUCAAUGAAACGCUUAAGCUCCCGCCAAGAAGCAUUAAGUGGAAUGUUGACUCUGUUCAUGCUAAAAGUCUCGUAGCAAUACUUCAUCUCCUGGUUGCAUUAUCGCAGUACUUCCGAGCACCAAUCAGACUUCCAGAUCAUGUGUCCAUUCAGGUUGUUGUUGUGCAGAAACGAGAAGGAAUCCUCCAGUCUCGACAAAUCCAAGAGGAAAUAACUGGUAACACUGAGGCAUUUUCAGGAAGACAUGAAAGAGAUGCAUUUGACACGCUAUUUGACCAUGCUCCAGACAAGCUCAACGUAGUAAAGAAGACUCUCAUCACGUUUGUGAACAAGCACCUCAACAAAUUGAAUUUGGAGGUCACUGAACUGGAGACCCAGUUUGCAGAUGGUGUGUACUUAGUCCUGCUAAUGGGUCUCCUAGAAGGCUAUUUUGUUCCUCUUCACAGCUUUUUCUUGACUCCUGAUAGUUUUGAACAAAAGGUCCUCAAUGUAUCCUUUGCAUUUGAGCUAAUGCAAGAUGGUGGAUUGGAAAAACCAAAGCCCAGACCAGAAGAUAUUGUAAAUUGUGACUUGAAAUCUACACUGAGAGUACUGUAUAACUUGUUUACCAAAUACAGGAAUGUGGAGUGAAGAAUUCAUUUGGAACAUAAAGAAGUAUUAACAAAGAAAACAUCAUAACUAGCGUAUUUUUCACCAAUAUUCCUCUGCAUUGUUAUCCUAGAAGGAACUAAACCAUUUAUCUGAAGAAUCUUUAAUUGACUUCUCUUGCACAACUUCUUCCAUAGUGGGUUUAAAGCUAAGACUAUGUAAAACUAAUAUAAAUUAUGAAAAAAGUUUGGAGGAAGGUAUUUGAUAUCUUCUGGGAGAAUCCAUGUCUCAAUAAUAACUCCAUCUCUACAGUUUUGCAGUAGGUGGAGCAGCAAUGGAAAAAAAAGAUUUAUUAACUUUAAUUCAAAUCAGCUGUUGAAGCCAAACAUAGGAAGUUUCUAUACUAGGCAUCUAAUUCAGUGUUUAUGAAAUACAUCUUUUCUAAUCUGGGGAGAGGAAUAAUGCUUUUCUGCCCAUGACAAAAUAUUGCAUUCAAAUUCUAAGAAAUGUGCAUAUGGAGAAACAGUAAAGUACUAUUCCUCACAUCAGAGCUGAAAAGAAUUGACUUUCUCAAUGAUUUAACCUAAUUAAUUUGUAUUUUCAGAGCAGUUAGGCUUGAAUUUUUUGGGUACAAACUGAAGUGGCUACUUCCUCCUUCAGUCUUAUUAUAAUGUGAUAGUCUUCUAUAAAUAUGUAUUACUGAGCAUUCCACCUACGUACACUUUGCAGCUUGUUCACUUAGUUUUGUUCAUGAAGGAGAUCUUUUUUUAUUGCUUUUUUCCCCAAGUACACAUUUUCAGGAGAGCACACCUGUACGACACAGUUUCCGUGUAGUAUUUGUAUUAUUAGUAUAGUGUUAGAAAGUUGGCUUAUUUUUCUUUUUCCAACUUUUAGUAGUUGGAACAUGGAAUUGCCAGGUUAUAAGUUUAGAUUUAUUACUAAAUAUAAUUUAGAAUCUAUCCCUUUGAUUGAUGUUAUGGUGAAUGGAUUUUGUUGCCUAAUGUCCAGCAAAAAAAAAAUAAUGCUUAUUUUCCAGAAACAUUCCUCUAGCCUUUCAGCUACAAAAACACUACUUUUAUGUAGGUUGCUCUGAAAGUAAUAUCUCCUAUUUAUUUCCAUGGAAACUACAACCAAUACAAAGAGCACAAUAACAGAAUCACAGAAUCACGGUGGUUGGAAGGGACUUCAAGAGAUCAAAUCCAACCUUGCUGCUAAAGCAGGUAACCCUACAGUAGGUCGCACAGGUAGGCAUCCAUAACACUAUUUGAUAGAGAAAAUUCACAGCUACAAAACACUAUUUUUCAACAUAGUCACCACAAUUAACUAUGCAUUUUUACCUGCAAUGAACAAGAGCCUGCAUGCUGCGCUUGUGAAUAUCUGCACCAGUGGAGCUGACCCACUGUAUCACAGCAGCUAUGAUGGUGUCAUUGCUAAGAAAAUGUUGCCCAUGCAAUCCAUCUUUCAUCAGCUUGAACUGGUGGAAGUCAGAAGGCACCAAAUCCGGGCUAUAUGGUGGGUGUGGCAGGAUGGUCCAACCAAUAAUGGCAAUAUGUUCCACAGUCUUCAGACUGGUCUGGUGUCCACAGUUGUCAUGUUGCAAGAGAAAGGUUGCCAACUUCUCUGGCCUGACUCUAGAUGUUCGAGCCUUCAGCUUAGUCAGUGUGGUGAAGUAGCUGUCAGAGUUGACUGUUUGUUUGAGUUCCAGGAAAUCAGGAAGGCUCACCCCUUUCCUAUUCCGAAAGACACUGCACAUCACUUGACCUGUGUGAACUUCUUCAUGAAUGGAGAAUUCACAUGUUGCUACUUCAUGGACUGCUGUUUUGACUCUGGCUCAUAGUGAUGACACCAAAUCUUGUCACUGGUAAUGAUGCAAUCCAGGAGACUGUCACCUUCAGCCUCAUAUUGGUUCACUGGAUCCUGACAAAGUUGCAUGCAGUGUUCUUUCUGUUCCUCUGUGAGCAUUCAUAGGACCUAGGUGACACAAGCUUGGUGAUACUCUAAUGUUGCUAUCAUCAGUUUCAAUGCAUUGAAGCCAGCAUUUAGCUACCUACACAGUUCCCUGGUCAUAAUCUGACGACUCUUGUGGAUGAGCUGACUGGGACACAAGCACCCAGUGAGUGCCAAUUGGUGCUAUUUUUUUCCACAUGGAAGAAUUCAGUUCCCCCACUUUGCUUCAUCCGUACUCCCACGUCAGAUGCCGUUUUGUCACACUGCCCCUCUGCUGCCAUCUAUCUUACACAACAAAACAUGAUGGAAUAUUAAUGGGAAGGUUCAACCUCUACUGCCAUCCCACCAUCAUCUGCCUCUGAUGUGUGGCCAACAUAAUAAAAUAGGAGGCAUUACUUUUGGAACAACCUUUGUAGAUUGAAACUACUCACAUCUGCAAAGACUCUGCUACAGUGUGAGGAAGUUUGGCCAUUUUUUGUGUCUAUAAAGAAUAUAUAUAUAUAUAUACAUUUUUUUUUUUAAAUCAUGACCAACAAUAAGCUGUUACCUGUUUGGUUUCAGCUUAUCAAAGACAGAAAAGAGAAAUGAGAAUUGAUUCUUUCCUUAGGCUGCUAUCAAGCAUCAGUUAUGUUUCCAUGAAGAAGCUCUAGAGGCUGCCUGACACAAGUAUAAAUCAUCAAAACUGCUGAGAAGUAAACUAAGCAUAUAUUAGACGUCUUCAUGUCAGUUUUAGCUGCCUUCUUAAGUGAAGUGUUCCAGUGCACCACAGCUUCUUGGAAUGCUGCCUUACACACUAAGGAAAAAAAAUCCUGAGGCAAAAAUUAUUGGAAAUUUCUUUAUUGUAGAAAGGAGACUUUUGCAAGUCAUCCCAUUGUGGCAGAACUGCUGUAGGUGAAAGGGCAGGCAAUCUGUCAGCUCUUGAGACUGUUCAUCUGAAGCAAUGCAGUACUGGCAACUACAGUAACUAACAGCUGUAUGUUAAUUACUGCACAAAGCAUAAUAUUUUUUUCAAUUUUCAAGGCUUUUUUUUUAAUUAGUGCUUUCCAGUCCAACAUCAGCUUAAAGGGAAGGCAGCAAUUACAUUCUACCUUUGGUGAACAAUAGCUAAUGUUAAAUAACAAGAUGCUAUUGACUGUGCUGGACGGCCACAGAAAUUAUUCCGUAAAUAAAUAAAUCUCAGUAAGUAUCAGCUUUUGCAAAGGAGAGUCAGUAUUUGGUUCCAAGGAUAAUACCUGGAUAUUCUCUGAACUCAGAAAUUGUGUUCUAAAAGCAUUCAUCAAAAUGUUUGGUUACCUCUAUGUUUUUUAACUGAGUUUCUGAAGUUGGAAUUACAGAAAGUAACAGUUAUUUGCAUUUUACACAGGUAAAUAACUGGCCAUUUUUACCUCUGUGAAAAUGAACAUAUUCAUUAUAUCUUUCAUAUGCCUGAUCUUUCUGAGAAGCUAAACAGAAUUAACCAACCAUUUUUUUUUGGAGGAACAUGAGAUGGAGCUUCUCUCAUACAAACCAGCAGCAAUUUCAACGUAGUUUACUAUUUAGCACGUGAGUUUUCUAUUUGCAGAGCUAGAUUAUAGUAAUUAUGAUAGUUCAUUAACAAAUGUGUGAUGUUUUUUCUGCAGAUCCUGUUCAAUUGAAACACUCUUUCACAUCUCAGCAGUGCCAUAACGUUUUGAUUGUCCUUAUUUUCAGGAGUGCACUUUCUGUAAAGAGGAGGUCUAUGUAUGUAGAGGAGAAAAGGUUAGGAACCAUGGAACUGUUUUUUCUUAAACUUGAAAAUACAUAUUCCUGUGCUAUAUUGAUAGAACUUUAUUGGAGAUUUUGAAGUCUAUUCUACCUGUAUUUUCAGUCUUUAAAAAAAUAACAACAUAAAACUGAGAUAGAAUUGUGGAAUCCUGAUGCUAAAAUGAUGCUAUGUAGAACCUUGGAAACAUUUAACAAUGUCCAACCUCUGCACAAAUUUCCUUCCUAUGUUAAGAAUUUAUGUAAGUUUAAAUUGCUAUUUAACCAAGAGAGUCCUACGUAAAUAUAAACCCAUGUGAUAAUUUUAACACAUUCACACAAGUAGUGUAUGCUGCCAGGUAGAAGUGGUCACUGCUUAUAUAUAACAAUGUAGAUUUAAAUAGCUAUCAGAUAAAUAUGAAAUAUGAAAUAGAUUAUAUCUAAUAUUUAUUGCUUUGAUACAGAAUAUUAUAGAGAUAUAGAGUACUACUGUAGAUAGUUGGCUCUUCAACAAUUGGUGUAGGCCAACACCUUCCUGCAGGGAAGUAAAAUGUUGAGUUAGUUGGGCCAUGUUCUGCUGUCAUUUAUGAUGCUUUUAUUCUCAGUACACAGGUCUAUAUUGUCAGUGUGCAAACGGAUACAGAAUUUCCCUCAGUUUAUGUUAGGAUAGAGGAUGUUUACAUUUUAGGUCAGUCCCAGUUUAAUUUACAGUUAGUUUAAAAUCUGCUUAAAUAGAUCAAAAUCAAUAGAUUUAACCAAUAUAAGAUACCAGCAGUCACCUGGAGAGGCCCGUUUCACUGAUGACUCCAGAGGGAGCCUCUCAUCUUGAGGAUGCUGUCUCCCACUUUGGCUGGGUUUCUAAACCCAGGCCACAGCCUUAAGAUCUCAUGGUGAUUUCUGAGUGUCGUCCUCCAGACCGGUGUGUUUGGGUGUUGUGCUCUGUCAUGUGAAGGCCCACAGGUAGCUGAGCCCACUGAAAACCAGCAGAUGUUACCCUGUCUUGAGGAACAAAAAGGCAGUAAACAUUUUUCUGAUGCUGGGACAUCGUGAAACUGCCAAAGGAACUUGAAAUUCAUCUAUUUGCCAUCGCAGCGGUGUGGUAGCCAAGUUUGUUUUGUGGCUGAAGGUGGGCAUUCCCUCCCUGUCAAUGGAUUCUGUCAACCGCACAAAACUGGGUUGCUUUUUUGUUUUGUUUUGUUUGUUUGUUUUCAAAAAGGAGCUGUAGAUUCUUAUAAUAUGUCAAAAAGUCAUCGUUAAAAUAAUUAUCUAGCAUCCUACUAUUUUAGGGUCAGCUCCCCAGGUUUCUUUCAAAGCUGACUGGCAUUAAGUUGCCAUCAAGAAGAGGUCCCAGAAAAAAAAGGUAUCAAAGGAAUCCUUGUGUAAUUUCACCUGAUACACACAUCAGGCUCAUGAUAGGAUUACUCUGUGUUGACAGUGGACCAACUUGCUUGUUGGCACAUAAAUCAGCGGCAUGAGAUCAACAGAGCAUUUGGUCUCUUCUGUUUAUAGAGGGGGUUACGGUAUUUGGGAAUGGUGUACAUUCAAGCAAACUAUAUCAAUUGACCCAAGUGCUACUUGGUUGACCUUUGUUCUUACUCAUUUUCAUAAAGUAUCUUUCAAAAUUCGUAUCUGUUUAAUGUUGCAGACAUCUUUCUGCAGCCCAUAAUGUUGUAAAGCAGAAUGGCUUUUAGAAAUGAUAGAGUUUAUUUCAUUAGAUAAAAAAUAUAUAUGAUAUUUAAUACACUAUACUUCAGCUUUAGGUCUAAUUGCUGUUGUUCAUGUCUUAUAAAUCAGCCAUCACACGUGGCCUGUAUGUAUGUCAAGCAUUCAGAAGCAGAACAGUGCCUUGUAGACCUCUUGCAGGAUUUUCUGCACUGUUACCUACUAGAGUUUUACCAUUUUGCUAUGAGAAUUAGUGUGGAUUUUCUCUUUACAGUUAAAAAACAAUUAAAGGCAGAAUAAAUCCUUUGUAGAAAGCUGUAAUUGGUUUAAAGUAUGAUUUUUGUUUAAUUGUAUCACAGGAAAAAUGAAAAUAGUGGCACUAAAAUUACAAAGGUAAUGCAUACCUCAACAUACACAGAUUUUCCAAAGAGCUUUUGAGUCAUUUGACAUUUUCUAGGGCUAAUGUUUUGUAUUUUGAUGAUACUUUCUGUGUGCCUACUUCUCUUAGUAAUAAUGAGAUAUUUUCCUGUAUAAUAGUUUAAUGCUACGCACUCUGCAGCAAUGUUAGUGUCAUUUAAAUACAAGUUUCUAAAUUUCAAGUGCAAAUUCAAGAAAAAAAAGUGUGCAAAAUUCACUUUGCAAGGUAUCUCACAAUAAUGCUUACUUUACAUUAAUGUGUUCCCUUCAACAGAAGUUAGUAGCUUUCACAGAAUAUGUUCUAUGUACUCUGUAAGUAAGCAACAGUCCAUUGCUCAUAUUUCCUGUGGCUUUCUUCUGAAACCUUUGUUAUCAUGCACAAUAAAAUAUCACCUGAAAAUCAA